AUGCCUAAGUCAAAGAAGCGUGUGGAAACUGUCUCAGACGACAAUGGAUCUGAAGAGGAGAUUGAAAAAGACAAGCAUAAGAUGAAAGUGAUACCUUCCAAGCCCCCAGAGAAGAAAGCAAAAAUGGCACCCAAACCAGCCAUGGAAAGUCUGAGUCCAGACAAUUCUGAAGAGAAUAUGUUCCAGAUCGGGAAGCUGCGUUAUGUCCGAGUGUCCCUUUUUAAAGGGAAAGUCCUGGUAGACCUGCGGGAAUUCUACAUCAGCAAGGCUGGAGAUAUGAAACCUGGAAGGAAAGGGAUUUCGCUUUCUGCUGAACAAUGGGUCAAUUUGAAAGAAAUAAUUUCAGAAAUCGACGCUGCUGUCAAGAAAUUCUAA